AAUUUUCAGAUUGGUAAUUGUUGUAGCCGAUGAAUAGCUGAUUUUGAACAAUAUCAAUAUGACAGAAUUGUUGCUUGACCCAGCCAUACGAACAUGGGUUUUUUUGCCAGUUAUUCUGAUAACAUUUUUAGUUGGAGUAUUGCGACAUUAUGUAGCUUUGAUAUUCACGAGCAGGAAGAAAUUAGAGUUGCAACAAGUGCGAGAUAGCCAAUAUUUGAUACGUUCUCGAUUAUUACGAGAAAAUGGACGGUUCUUGCCGAAAGCAUCGUUUAAUAUGCGAAAAAACUUUUUGCUAAAUGAAGAAAACGGGUAUAUAACAAAGGGCAUGCGACGACCAUCACAGAUGCAAAAUCCAAUGGCUGAUCCAACAAUGAUGACGGAUAUGUUGAAGGGUAAUUUGUUCAACGUUCUACCAAUGAUCGUCAUUGGUGGUUGGAUAAACUGGACGUUCAGUGGUUUUGUGACGACCCGAGUUCCAUUUCCGCUUACGUUAAAGUUUAAGCCAAUGCUUCAGAGAGGAAUUGAACUAGCGUCUUUGGACGCUGCAUGGGUAUCAUCAGCAUCAUGGUACUUCUUAAAUGUGUUUGGCCUGCGCGCAAUCUAUACUUUGGUACUGGGUGAAAAUAAUGCAGCUGAUCAAUCCCGGAUGAUGGAGGAACAGAUGAGCGGUGCAGCAAUGGCAGUACCACAAGAUCCGAAGCAAGCCUUCAAAGCAGAAUGGGAAGCCCUUCAGAUGACAACACAUCAGUUCAUAUUGAAUAAGUAAUCACUGUUCUAUUUACAAAUAGGGGUUGUAGGCUUUGCAGGACAGUAUGGAAAUGUUUCUAAGUUCUUGUAAAAUUUUGUUAAUUUUUCGCGAGAAAAAAAAUAAACAUUUUGCCAUUGCCC